UGAUGAUGAAUUAUAUUUCCACCAUCUUAAUAAUAUGCUUAUCAUUGUAAAUAACAUAUUCAACUCAUACACUCAACUUAGUCUAAGAUUAGUAAGCUUUAUGCUUAGAUGGAUCAAGAGGAGUAUCAUUAUAUAUAAUUAAAGUCAUUCUAUUUUGAUAGAGGAAGUGGAAGUGGAUCUAAGUCAUGGAUUAUUUACUUUUAAGGAGGAGGUUGGAUAGGUGGAAACAAUUUAGAAGCUACAAAAAAUAAUGCUUUAUCUAGAUCAAAAACAGAUAUGGGGUCAUCUAAAAAUAAGGCUCAAUAAGUAAAUUUAGGCGGGAUCUUCUCAAGGGAUUCUAAAGUGAAUCCUGUUUUGUACAAUUGGAAUUCUAUUUACAUUAAUUAUUGUGAUGGAACAGGUAAUCAUUUAAUCUUAAAUUCGUAGGACAUUAAGGAUAUGCAAAAGAUCCCAUUAUUGUUGGUGGAGUAAAUCUAUAUUUUAGAGGUAAUUCAAUUACAAGAUCUAUAAUAAAUUAAUUUUUGGAUGAAUUGUAAUAAGCUGAUAAAGUUAUUGUAUCUGGAUGUUCAGCAGGUGGAUUAGCUUCAUUUACUUGGGUAUAAACCAUAAGAGAUUUAUUACCACCAAGUGUAACUGUAUUGAAGUAUUUUAUUUAACGUAUCUAGUGUUCCAGAUUCUGGAGUGUUUUAGGAUAUGUAAACAUAUGAUGGUUCCAUUUCUUAUAAAAAUACAUAUCAUACUAAUUUUAUGCAAUUAUCGAAUAAAGAAAUCUCUCCACCAAAUACUAGAUGUGUCUAAUCAAACCCUAAUGAAUAAUGGAAAUGCUUAUUUGCUUAAUAUUUAAUUGAAUACAUUGAAGCUCCAAUUUUCUUUGUGUAAUCACCAUAUGAUUCAUGGUGUAUUCCAAAUAUUUUGAAGUUAUCAUGUGCAAAUGAUGGAACAUUAUAAAAUUGCAAUCAAAGUUAGGUCAAUUAUAUAGAAAGUCAUGCCAUAAGUAUGGAAGUUAUGAUGAAAUCAAGAUUUUCAACUCAUUUUAAUACUGGUGCUUUUGGUCCUGCCUGUUUAUAACAUUGGUAUAAUUAUUGCUUAUUAUUUUAGUUUCCUAGAAGGUUCUUAUUAUUAUGGAACUAAAUUCUAAGUCCCAACUGGAUCAGGAAACACAAUAGCCAAGACUUUAUCUGCCUGGGUUUUAGAUUAAUCAAUUUCUUCUAAUUAUUUAGAUAAUGUAUCAUGGCCUGAUAAUAUUGGAUGUAGCAAUUUAUCAAUAGAGAUAUGAG